AUGACCACGACCGUUAUUUCAAUCACGCAUAUUUGGGCCAAGUUGGACCUGAUCCAAGUGUUGGACCUGAUCCAAGUGUUGGACCUGAUCCAAGUGUUGGACCUGAUCCAAGUGUUGGACCUGAUCCAAGUGUUGGACCUGAUCAAAGUGUUGGACCUGAUCGAAGUUGGACCAGUGUCACCACCGCCACGAAAAGAGGCUCCAGAUAAACAAAGGGUAGUAAACAAAGGCCUUGAUGUAGUGAUUUUUAUGUUGGAGAUUACUCAGUCCGUACUGCUACAAAUAUUCAACACGUCAGCGGUGUAUGAUGUAUAUUUGGGAGGAGUUGGAACAGUGGAGGAAGAGCGAAGUCCGGUUGAUGGGACCACGGUUGUUGAAAGAGUGAUUAAUUUCUGGCCAGUGGCGAACGUUGACAGAAUUUCAAACUUGUUUACGAGUUCGACCCAGCCGCUCAGUUCCUUUUGUUAUUUCUGCUUUGAUGGCUGCUUGCCUACAGUGGAGGAGCUGGACACCUUCUUCGAGGGAUUCCUGCCCAGGUACGUCAUUCAAGUGAGACAACCAUUUGAGGAAGUAGUUGUGCCAGUAUCUGACAGAAGUGAGGACGUAGCGAAUGCAGAUAGUGACAGUGAGUUAGUGAACCAAGUCGAACGCAGAAAAGUUAAGAUGAAUGAAGCGAUGAUGAAUGAAGCGAUGAUGGAUGAAGCGAUGAUGGAUGAAGCGAUGAUGAAUGCAGAGAUGCAGCACCGAAGGACAGGCUCCGGGGUCAUCGAUGAACCCGGGAUAAAGAAAGAGAAGGUUCCUGUACCCUACGAGCAGUGUAUUAUGUCGGUAGUGUGUUUGAUUGGAAAUGGUCGAUCAAAUGAUACACUGUACCAGCCUGUAGAAUACACCGUAGAUAUGGAUAAGUAUGCGGCAAAGGUGUACGACAAUCUGCGCAACCGAGGAGUCCUCUCAGACCUGAAUACAACACCCUGCUCGUUUCCCGAACAUAGAGCUUUCUACGGCGUUGUCCCGAGUCGGGCAACUGAUGCCACUGAUGACGCUCAGAUGGAGACCGACAAACACCCCCUCACGGAGGUCUUGCUAGAGGCUAUCAUUACGUACGAAGAAUUUGCCGCCAAGUCAACCAAGUUUAUCCAAUUCGUCAACCACCUCAACCUCCAGGGAAGAGGGGCUGAAAUACACCUCAAAUACCAGGAACUUUUGCGCCGCAAAUUUGCAGACGGAAGGAAGUACUCGCAAUGA